GAAUUUACACUGGUCUGAAACCUACAUUGACGAUUGUCGAUGCUGAACUAAUAAAAAGUGUUCUUCAAACAAAUUUUCAAGCGUUUCUUAAUCGUCGAACAUUAAACACUCAUCAUGAUCUGGUCAAUAAUGGUCAAUUUUUCACCGAUGAUGGCCAUUGGAAGAAAAUUAGAAUAAUAACAGGUCCUACUUUUUCAUCAUCAAAACUGCGCGGAAUGACACAGGUUAUGAGUCGUUGUGUGGACAAGUUGGUGGUUCAUCUGAAUAAAGUGAUUGACAAAGAGGAGGGUCUUCUUCAGACAAAAGAUGCAAUUAUUGGACUAACUAUUGACGUAAUUGCAGCAACUUCAUUUGCGACUGAUACUAACGCAAAUGGAAGUUCUCGAACAGAAAAUGCCGUUGUCAAACAUGGACUGGCUUUCUUUGACAUUUCUCCUUAUCGGGCACUUUUCUUUUUUACUAUGCCCAAAUGGAUCAAUUCUUUUGUUGGCGUAAAUCACUUUUUCAAUCCUGAUAGCUUUGACUUUGCCACUCGGCUUAUGAAGGAGAUCAUCCGUCAGCGAAAAUCACAAAAUUCUGACGGCAAUACUAAAGUUAAGUACAAUGAUUUAGUUCAGCUUCUUAUGGACGCUUACGUGUACGAAAAUGAGCUGGACAACUCGAAUUUUGAUAAUCUUGCUGCCUCUAUGGAAAACGAUAAAAACGAGGAAAAACAAUCUGCAUUUGGACCGCAAUCUUCAAACAAAGCAAAAGCAACUUUAACUGAAGAUGAGAUCGUUGCGCAAGCAAUUUUGUUUUUUAUUGCUGUGAGCACAUGCAUCUUUGAACUGCUUGAUAGUCAGAUUCAAGACCGACUGGUAGCUGAAUUGCGCCAAGCUUUAGAUCACUUAGAGCCCAAUUCUGAAGAGUACUUUGAAACGGUAAUGAUGGGAAUUCCAUACUUGGAUGCUGUAGUAAAGGAGUCAAUGCGCAAGUAUCCGCCUGUCAAACGGUUGGAACGUAGAGUGACAGUGGAGCAGUUUCAACUUGGUAAUAUUAGCCUUAAAAAGGAUCAACUAGUGGAGAUACCUGUUUAUGCAGUCCACCACUCUGAAGAGUACUACAACGAACCGGAACGUUUUAAUCCCGAGCGCUUUAUGCCGGAAAACAAACAUCUUUUAGUGCCGUACACCUAUUUGCCCUUCGGCAGUGGGCCUAGGAAUUG